CAGCCGACAAAAACGACGACGGACGAACCAACAAAUUCUCUUCUCGCUGUGUUAAAUCCUUGUCCUCUACCAAGAAUCACUUUUUCGCUCUGGGACAAGAACACAGUGAAACUACGAUCAUAAAAAAAAUUAUAUUCCCUCAACUUCUGAGAGAUUCGCGCGACUCUUUGGCGGGCUUGAAGAUGAAAAAGUGAAAUGAAAAAAAAACAAAUUUUUUUUCUGUGCGAAAUUAAAUUUUCCCAAUAAAUCUUUUACAUAGGAACGAAAGAAGAUAUUUUUAACACAUUUCGAAGAAAUUUGCUAGAAAAAUAUGGACAUUGCCAAGGUUUUACCGGUGAAUACAACAAAAACAGAACCACUGAGUCCUAUUAAAUCUGAAGAAAAACCCACAUUCAGUGAACCAACAACGGUGGCGGUAAAAACUACACCAGGAGGAAAAGUUAAAUCUAAUCUCGAUGAAAAAUUUAAACUUGAGAGUGACUCAUUUGGUGAGCUACUUGGAUCAGUCACCACACACAAUUGCCCUGGUGUGCGAGCUAGCGCCAGAGUUAUUCAAAAAAUGAAACAAGAUUCAAUACGGCCAUCUACACCGCCACCAAAUGAAAAAGAAUUAAAAGCUAAAGAGGAAAAAGCCAUACAAAAGACACCGUCUCAAUCGAGGACAACAACAAAGGCUACAUGGACAAAUAUCGAAAGAAAUUAUUUCUUUGAUGCCUUAAAUGAAUUUGGCAAAGAAUUCGAUGCCAUCGGCAACUAUAUUAAUGCGAAAUUAAAAAGAAAAAGCUCAACUGAUGCUGCUUUCAAGACUAAAGAUCAAGUUCGUCAACAUUUUUACCAGACUUUUCAUAAAAUAUGCAAAUAUAUUCGAUUUUCUGAUGAAGUGAAAAAACCUGUACAGGAACUAUACACAUUGAUAAACUACGGCGAGAUGCGACGGAAGCUGCAAUUCAUAACUGACAAACACUUUAUGAAGCUUAAACAUCUCGUUUACAAUGGACACAUCACAAUAAGGAGCAAAGGAAAAAAUAUCCGCAUCAAAACACCAACCUGCAAAGCCUUACGCAGACUAAAUCAACUCGAUGAUUGUCUUGAGGAUAUCAAGCUUCCAAAUAAGAUCGAUGUAAUUAUUAGUCCAGCCAACAUGGAGUCUUUUGGACGAGUUCAAACAGUAGCGCAAAAUCCAAGGGCUAAAGCUACAGUUUCUUUGCAAAAGAAAUUGGUGAACUUUAUCAAAACUUUUCAAUACAAAUGGCGAAGCAAUGAAAUGAAAUUGGCCGAAGAAGAAUCGAAAAUGUUUCCAAAUAAUUCCACCACCGAUUCGGCUGAAAAUGUGACUACUAUCUCAUUUCAAGAUCCUGAUAUGUGCUUUAGGCCAAAACCAGGAGUGCCUAUCCAUCGACCACUUUUAAACAUCACAGAAUACCUUAGCAGUCUGAGUCUUUCUCUCUCCACCUACGAAGAUCGCAUUGGGGUUAAAGUUCGAAGUGAAAAUCUUUGUCAAGAUCGUUUGAUGCCAAACAAACGACAACGUUGCGAUUCCAAUUCGGACAAACGAAGUCCUGAGAGUAAAAAACUCAAGACAUGUGAUCUCUUGGUUGAAUCUGGAUUUGCAGUUAUCAAAGAAGACCCUGCAUCGCAGCAGGGAAAUGAUAAUGACAAUUCCAAUCAUGAUGGCAAUCUAAGUGAUGAAAUAAAUGAUAUAUUGAGCUUCUCCGAAAUCAAAACCGAUGUCUCAGAUGUCACAUCAGACAAUGAUAUCAAGGUUCACGAAGAAAUUCAAAUUGAAAAUGGUAAUGGAAAUUCAAACAAUGAUCAUCUAAAAGACCAACAAUCCAACAAUGUACCGCCUGCGAUUGAGUCAAAGGGAAAAAGUGCAAAAAAGCGAAGAGGAGAACACAAGAAAAAUGACAACAAUUUCAAACCCUUGAUAAGUGACGAUGUAAUUAAGAAAAUCCGAAAAGGCUGGACAAUCUCAAAUGCCGACGACAUAACCAUGGGUGAUUUGUAUGUGGUUUUUGGGCAGGACUCUAAGCUGGAAUUUGAGUAUUUCUGGACAAACGCUGGUGGUGCUGAAAAGAAGAGCGUUUUCAAUCAGAAGCAAAAUGGUAUGCCAUACAGUAUAAAUGAUUGUGACGAGCCGGAGCUCAUCAACUCACUGACAAAGUCUCCGUUUGGAAAUAAAUUGAAACAUUUGCUAUUGAUAGCGAAUUUGAGCGAACGCAUACGCAAGAAGCAGUGUUCGUGUGGUCACACUUGUGACAAGAUGAUCAAGUCAAGACUUGAUCGUGAAAUUGUCACAAAAUCGUUUGUUUCAUCGAAAACAUUUCAGUUGUCAACUGUGGACUCUGGAGUAUUUCGCCAGCCGGUGGUACCAUUUCGACGGCCAACUUUUAGUUUAGAUCCAAUUAAACAGAUGCCUAAUGGAUCCCGUUUAAAAAUGUCAAAACAAGUGCAAGUGGUACAACGUAUGCUUUUGCCACAUAGAUCUGGUCAACCGUAUGACGUUGUCGAUGUUAAGGAUUUACAAAAUAAGCUUGUAAAUCGACAAGAAUCUCCAUCGUUGGCAAAUGGCAACUCUUCAAAGAUGACAUCUUCGGCGAAUGCAUCGUCCUCCUCAACACCAACACAACACAAUAUCGAUGAAGAAAAGGAAAUCGUCGUCGAAACUAUGGAAAUGCAUGAACAAACCAACAGUAUUACUCCAGACAGUGGCAUGGAAUCAUCAUGCCACAGUUUGACGUCGACAAAUGAUCAGAGUUCGAAUGAUAGCACGGCUUUUCUGAGUGAACAACCUUCAGAGAGUAUGGAAUUUGAUGAGUGUUCAACUAGCAGUAUUUUUAAAGGAAUUUCUCCGAUGAGCCCAAUGCAAUUACUUCGAGACUCUACAUCGAAUUCUCGUUGGUUGGAAGAGAAUCUAAAUGAUUUUUCUUUGAAUAGUUUGCUUGGACAUUUGGAUGAAAUUAAUGGAAACCGUGAUAUAACUGAUCAAUCAUCAAACCUCUCGGUGUUAAGUGAAUCCAGUGUCGAUUAUAUGACGAAAUUUGCUGAAAUUACUGCAUCCAUGCAAAAUGAGGAAAAAGACUUAUAAACAUCUAAAACAUAACAUAACAUAUUAUCCGUUUUCAUACGAGUGCUGAAUCGGUUUCAAAAUUUAAAAAACAAAAAUCACAUUAAAACUUCCCCCCUGCCUCGUAUUCGUAUUUAUAUUUAUUAAUCUUAUUA